AUGCAGACGAACAAGGCUCCACAGAUCGCCUCGCUCUACGUGGGUGAUCUUCAUCCCGAAGUGACCGAAGCCGAGCUGUACGAACUCUUUAACCGAAUCGGCCCUGUGGCCUCUAUACGGGUUUGCCGUGAGAAGGCCAGUCGAAAAUCUUUGGGCUAUGGCUAUGUCAAUUUUCACAAUGGCAAGGAUGCAGAGACGGCCCUGGAUAACUUGAACUACACCAAUAUUCACGGCCGCUGCUGCCGAUUGAUGUGGAGUCAGCGCGAUGCUGGCCAAAGAAAGGCGAAUAACAGCAAUGUCUACGUUGCCAACCUGGACAAGAACAUCGACAACAAGGCCUUGCACGACACCUUCAGCGUUUUUGGAGAGAUUCGGUCUUGCAAGGUGGCUGCAGAUGCACUUGGAAGUUCCUAUGGCUAUGGUUUUGUCCACUUUGACACAGAGGAGGCAGCUCGAGACGCGAUCGCCAAGCUGAACAACAUGGAAGUGGGUGGCAAGAGGAUUCAGGUGUGCUUGUGCGAGAAUCGGAAGGAGGUGUCUUCAAACAGCUCUUCGGAUUUCACAAAUUUGUACGUCAAGUGCUUCCCGGCGGACUGGUCGGAGGAGACCCUGCGGGCCGAAUUCGAGAAGUUUGGGCCGUUGACCGGAGUUGCAGUGCGAGCAGAUGCGCAAGGGCGCAAAUGUGCCUUUGUCAACUUUGCGAAGCACGAAGACGCACGAGAAUGUGUGAAUGAGAUGCACAUGAAGGACAUGCGCAGUCCUGAAGAUCAAGAAAAGGAUGAAGUGGAGGUGGGGACCGAUGGCCAUCCUUUGACCAGGCUCUAUGUGCAGCGGGCGCAACCCAAGGCGGAGCGUGAGCGCUUGCUGAAGCAUCAGUAUGCGCAAGAGGCGGCGAUCAAGAGCAAGUCGUCAGUUUGUACGUGA